GCGGCCCCCGGCCCCGGGCGAUGGGCCGCCGAAGGAAAAGCAUAUCGCACGCACGGUCCCCUCGCCCUGUCCCUCCGCAUCCCCCUGUCUCCCCUCCCUUCCUCGGUCUCCCCUCCCUUCCUCUGUCUUUCCCUCUCCCCCGCACCCAACGGCAAGCCGCCCUGCUUGGGCAAACAUGGGCGUCUAUGAUAUGCGACCUCUUAUCUCGGGUGUCGGCCAGCUCGUCGAUAACCUCCCUCCCGGUGAGGGGGACCAACUGCGGGUCCUCCCGGUGGAUCUCAGCAACUUCGUCUACGAGAUCCAAAAGAGCAACUCCCUUUUCGUCGACCAGACCCGUAGCAUCUGCUUCGACGCGGAUUUGGUCGUCCCCUUCCUAGAUGUCCUGAUCGAUUGGCUUGCCGAACGCAAGAUCUACCCCAUUUUCGUGGCCGAUAGCCUGGCUUCCGAGAAGAAGGAGGACGCUUCGUUUAGGCGUUUCAAAGAUAAAAUCAGUUCCAUGAACAUGUACAUCAGAGCGUACAUGAACUUCCUCCAGCAGGGCGACGCCGCCCGGGCGGCCCAAUGUCUGCGCGACCUGCCCCACCUGGAUGAAUGCCAGGUCGGCGAGUGCCCCCCCUCAUGCACCUUCUCCGGAGGUAACCGCGAGACAAAGAGCUCCAGUGAAUCUUCCGAAACUAUUUUUCCCUUCCCCACGUACAUCGGCUCGCCGGUCCUUUGGGACGCCAUUUCCCAUCACCUCAACACUCGUGCCCAGGAGCACCCGAACAAGCUGGCACUCAUCGGAAGCUUCUUCGAGGCCGAUGACCUCCUGGCUCUGCUGAGCCUCGCCUUUUCCGUGCCCAUCCUCACUGGCGAUUCCGACGCCUUCAUCCAGGGCUACGGCCAGAUCUCCUGCCGGUCGAUCUUUCGCCGGCAAUUCAUCCUCACCCGCUCGGGGAAGGAUUCCCGGUCCUUCGGGCCCUCCGAUACCUACUCGCAGCCGGUUCCCCACAAGUUGAUGCUGUCCCGCCAUGUGGCCGAGCAACUGCACACCACCGUCACCAAGCUUGCCUGGCUGCCUCUGAUCCAUGGAUCGGAUCUCGUCGACGCGAGGACCUUCCUCCGAGACUUCCUCCCGGUUGAUGUGUCAUCAGAUGUACACAUUUCCCGGUAUUUCAACGAGGUUGCUCUUCAUUUGGAGUCCAUAAAGGAGACGAACUCCACACCCCCCGCGAGCCGCUCAGCCCGACACAGGCCGGGUGGCAAGAACAAUAACAAAUCGAAUCCCGUGAAGCAUCUCGGUUUGGAGGAUGUUCGCCGGCUGCUCGCCGCCCUGCCGGAGCCGGCCGAAGUCCGCGCGUGCCAUGCAUCCCCGUCUGAUAGAGGCCCGCCUGCACCUGUCGAGCCGCCGGCCACAUGGCGUACCAAUCGCGGUCUCCUUGCCAAGACUGUCCAGAAUCUCGACCUGUCCAGCAAUCCCGUCCUCCGUAUGCUGCGAAGCCACCAGUCCGACCUGGACACCCUGCGCGGCAAGCUAUAUCCCCCGGUCGAGAGGGGGUCCCUGAAGUACAUCCAUGAUAGUGUGCUCCUCUGCCUUGGCCUGCUCGAUGCCUCCCUCCAGGACUCGCCCAAGGCUCCGACGUGGGCCUUUGCCGAGGAGCUGAUCACCUAUCUUGCCACGAAUCGCGUCGCUCGCCCGGAAAGGCCAUGGUGUAUUUUUGCUCGCCGUCCUCCACCGUCGGUCGUUCCUUCACCCCCGUCGUCUUCCUUGCACCAGCGAGCACGUCGCCCACGCCUGCCCUCGGGUCGGGCAGCACUCUCAUCCCGUCGCCUCGCCGCCGGGUCGGAGAACGCCGCCGGGUCUCCGGCGGAAUCCGGCCCAGCCGAAGAGUCGCCGGCCUCGGCCAUCUCGGACGCCCCUUCGUGCCAAUGCCUCAAUGCCCUGCACCUGACCCAGGCUCUGCUCCAGCAGUUCACCUACCUGUCCAUCUACCACAUGGCCUUCUCCUCGGCUCAUGCCAGGGUCACCCAGGGUCCGCCCCUGCGGGCUGUCGCCAAAUACCUGAAAAAUUUGCAUGGCUGGGACUAUGUCAUCAACGAGAGUCUCUCGCUCCUGCCUCACAUCACCCAUAGCACGAGAACCACCAUUUGGGAGCCCGUCCGACAGGCGCGUUUCCUGAUGUGUGCUUUGGCAGUCUCGGAAUCGGCCGCGCGCCCCGGAUUCGUCAGUAUCAAUGGCAUGAACCACAACUACUACGGGCCCCUCAUCUAUCAACGCUCUCAAGAGCCAAACGGGACCCCUUUGCCAGCAGAUGCCCCCUCGGACGGUGGCAUUCCGCGGCGCGAAGCCAACCCGGAUCCGGUGACAUCGCUCCCCGCCAUGCAGGGCGACUCGCCUUCCCAGGACAAACGAGAAACGGCGCUUAGAUUCAACAUCGUGCCACAUGCCUCCCGUGUCUUGCCGCUGCUGAAAAAGGUGGACCGUGCCCUGGGGUCGGCCGAUCCCAACAUGGAUACCAUCAGUCCCAUACUCCUGGCUGUCAUCCUGGCCAGCACCGGCGCCCGCUUCGCUCGGACAUCCCAUCGCCCCGGGGAGAAACCCACGACAGCCACUUCCUCCCUCCAUCGGGCAAGAGAAGCCCCCUUGGAUGUUCCCCACUCUCCCUUCUAUUACCGGGAGGAGGAAUGCCUCAGGCGCCUGGAUGCCUUGCUCGCCGCGCCUGGCCAGUGGCCCCCUGGCGCCUUCGACAACAUGGGCAUGGACAAGCACGAAAUUAAAGCCGCCAAAAGGGCCCUGUCCAACCCUGGGGACACUGGCAAUCUCGAGGAGACCAUCCGCUGGGCUUUGAGGCAGAUGGAGGAGGCGUUCAUCGGAGCCCAGACCCCCCCGAUGGAUCUCCUGACACCUGCCGGCCUGACUGGCUGGCUGGAAUUGACCCACACCGUGGACCCCCCAUCGGCCGAGGAUGCCAUCCAAAGAUUCAACACCUUUUCCUUGGGCCAGGCGGUCAUCUGCUCCUGGCUCGAUGCCUUCUCGGCUCUCUCGGGGCGCCGCGACGCGCUGCUGCGUCUCCAGCACAGCCCUCCCAAGAGCGACAUCUGCCUUCGCCCGGCCGAGUGCCGGGUUGCCAUCUUCCUCCUCGGCAUCCUUGCCAACAUGUCUCUCUGAUGGUGAUACACCGGCUGGGCGCCUGGCUCGCCUUGUUUUUUGCGCACCCAUAUGCCGAGCCAUGUUACCGUUCUGCUGCGUGUUCAGCCGGCUUCUCUCCGUCCCCCUUCUUUUUUCUCCCUCUUUCCCCCCCUUUCCUCCCCUCCUCCCGCUUUCCCCACUGCUUCCCCAUACCCCGUGUAACCAGUGUGCGGGCUUGCUCCGUGCUUUCAUCCAAGCAGCCCCUCAAUAUACCCCGUGCGUCGA